AUGGUAACCUGCGGACUGGGAUCAAAGGCACGGGUGUACAAGCUCGGAGGAGAGGAGCCGAAGCUGGUCGAAAAGAAGAAUCUGAAGGCAGGACCGCUGUUUACAAGCUCGCCGUCUUCGGAUGACGACUACCUGUUAUCCUUCGGGGGAAACAACCUGGUCAUCUGGGACCUGGAGACGAUAGAACAUUUAAACAAAGUGUAA